UUCAAAUAUAAACCCUUCUUGAGUCAGCUUUGGGUAAUAUUAGGUACGCUAUACUAGCCUAUAGAAUUAUUAUACCAUAUGCACUACUAUUUGUCAUUACUAAACAAAGGAUACUUAUAUUAGACAGUUUUUAUUUAUAAAACAAAAAUAACUGUGGUGUGUUUUCACUGCUGAUCAGUACGGUAACUCCUGAACUAUCUUCUUUGUCGCCGGUUUCGUGACUUUUGACCUGGAACCCGGAAGUGAAGUUAACUCAAUUAACAAGACAGAAGUUUACCAAGUUUAGGAUCUAGACCGAUGCCUACUUUAUGAUAUUCAAUUAUUAAUUGCUACAAUCAUGACAUCGAGGGUUUCCAACAACAACAAUGGGAUGUCCACCCAGAGCAAAGUGAAAGAACUGAGUCCCGUACAGUUUGACGAGAAACGUAUGAACCGGGUUCUGCACACAAUAUUUGUAAUUCUUGUUGUCGACCUCCUGGCCUUCACCGUAAUCCUGCCUCUCUUGCCAUCACUGCUCGAUCACUAUGGAAUGUUUAAGGGGACCCGUGAUUUUUAUAAAGUCCUACAUAAUUCAGUGCAGUCUUUCCGUGUGUUUGUCGGAGCCCCUGAUACACCGAGGUGGAACGGUGUUCUCUUUGGAGGUCUGAUUGGAUCCUUGUUUUCCUUCCUGCAGUUUCUGUCGUCCCCUAUGAUUGGUGCAGCCUCAGAUAUAUAUGGACGUAAACCCAUGAUGUUGUUAUGUAUGGUUGGUGUGGCAAUAUCAUAUGCCGUCUGGGCCGUGUCAUCUAACUUCACUCUGUUUGUAUUGGCGCGUGUGAUUGGUGGAAUCAGUAAAGGCAACAUCAGUCUGUCUACAGCCAUUGUUGCUGAUGUGUCCACCCCGGAGAAGAGAGGAAAAGGAAUGGCCAUGAUAGGAAUAGCCUUUUCGAUUGGUUUUGUGUUUGGCCCGUCGAUCGGUGCGAUGUUUUCCCUGGUGGCGAAGGAUUCCACUCUGUUCUACGUGCUGCCGGCUCUGUUUGCUCUAGUGUUGGCCGUGUCAGACAUCCUGCUGGUCAAGCUGUAUCUGGAGGAAACCCUCCCACCGCAGAAGAGGGCAAAGGCAGUAGAGUCCAUCUUCCAUAAUGCUAGUCAGUUCAUAAACCCAGUAUCUUUGUUCAACUUCAGUCCAGUCAAAGAUUUGAAAGAGGAAAAUUAUAAGUCUGUGAGACGAAUUGGUGUGGUUUAUUUCCUAUUUCUCUUUAUUUACUCGGGUCUUGAGUUCACGUUGCCGUUUCUGAUGUACAACAGAUUUCAGUAUGGCAGCAUGCAGCAAGGCAAAAUGUUUUUGUUUAUUGGAACAGUGAUGGCUUUAGUGCAAGGAGGUUAUGUGAGAAGAGUGAAAGCCGGCAAAGAGUUAAAGGUAGCAGCCCAGGGUAUCUUGCUCCUGAUACCGUCGUUCUUGCUCAUGGCAUACACAUCUUCCAUAUACGCCAUGUACUUCGGCCUCGCUCUCUUUUCAUUUGGUUCUGCGACGGUUGUGCCCUGUCUGACGACGCUGUUGUCGAUUCACGGCCGGGUAGAUCAGAAGGGAGCCAUCAUGGGGAUAUUCCGCUCUCUGGGCGCGCUGGCUCGAGCUGUCGGUCCGGUGUGUGCGUCAACAGUGUACUGGAGCUGUGGUGAGGCAGUGUGUUACUGCACUGGAGGAGUCUGCAUGUUUCUACCUCUCGUGCUUGUGAUUGGAAUGAAAACUGUCAAACCUGUCUCUGAUUAGUACACUUACUGUUAUAAAUAUCACCCAGCAACAAACAGUGUUAUAGAUAGUAUCACCUAGCAACACUGAGUGUUAUAGAAAAUAUCACCUAUCGACACUGAUUGUUAUAGACAAUAUCACCUAGCAACACUGAGUGAUAUAGAAAAUAUUACCUAGCUACACUGAGUGUUAUAGAAAAUAUCCCCUAGAAACACUGCCUGCGUUUAUAGCCAAUAUCCCCUAGCAACACUGAGUGUUAUAGAAACUAUCACCUAGCAACGUUACGUGUUAUAGAAAAUAUCACCUAGCGACACUGAGUGUUAUAGAAAAUAUCACCUAGCAACACUGAGUGUUAUAGACAAUAUUUCCUAGCAACCUUAAGUGUUAUAGCCAAUAUCCCCUAGCAACACUGAGUGUUAUAAACAAUAUCUCCUAGCAACACUGAGUGUUAUAGAAAUUAACACCUAGCAACCUUACGUGUUAUAGAAAAUAUCACCUAGCAACACCGAGUGUUAUAUACAAUAUUUUCUAGCAACACUGAGGGUUAUAGACAAUAUCACCUACCAACACUGAGUGUCAUAGACAAUAGCACCUACCAACACUGAGUGCUGUAGGCAAUAUCACCUAGCGACACUGAGUGUCACAGACAAUAUCACCUACCAACACUGACUGUUAUAGAAAAUAUCACCUAGCAACACUGACUGUCAUAGACAAUAUCACCUACCAACACUGAGUGUUAUAGGCAAUAUCACCUAGUGACACUGAGUGUUAUAGGCAAUAUCGCCUAGUGACACCGAGUGUUAUAGGCAAUAUCACCUACCGACACUGAGUGUUAUAGGCAAUAUCACCUACCGACACUGAGUGUUAUAGACAAUAUCACUCCGAAACAAACACUGUUACAGAUAAUAUUACCUAGAAACACUGACUUGUUAAGACAACAUCAGCAACAGAUAUUCAUAGAUAAAAAUCACCUAGCAACACUGAGAGUCACAGAAAAUAACACCUAGCAACUCUUAGUGUUUUAAGUCAAAAUCAGCUAGUGACACAGUGUUAUAGACAUCACCUAGUGACACAGUGUUAUAGACAUCACCUAGCAAGACAGAGUGUUAUAGAGAACAUUACCUAAAUCAGUUACUGUUAAUAGAUAAAAUCACUUAACAACACUUAGUUUUAUACAUGUAAUAUAUUACCAGAAACUUUUCAUGUCAUUCAUAUAAAGAGAGCCAAUAACCAGAAUUUGGUUCGUCCACCAUUUCACUUUUCUUCUUUUUCUAAUGUAAUUUUUUUAGAUAUUAUACAUGACAUAGGAGUGAUGAAAAGCUAUAGAAUUUGAAUAAAUAAAUAAAAUUGCUCUCUCCCCCCCCCCCCCCCCCCCAGAUUUCCAAACUUUAAAACAUCUUUUUUGUUUUGAAAUCUGUGAUUUUGGACAUAGCCAGUUAUGAUUGUCAGUUUUUGAUAUUACUUUUGAUAAAUUCUUUCAUAAUAAUAUUGAAGAUAAAAAAUCAAAAUUAAAAAAAAUCAGAAUAUAUUUGUGAAAUCAAAUCGGCAUUUCAGAUAGUGGACUAUAAAUGAACAGUGGUCACUGUAGUUCAGAAUUAGAUAAUUGUGUUUCUGACGGUGGCAAAGUUAUUUACAAGAGUUACAGUAAUCCACAUUUAAAUUUGAAAAUUUCACAGCCAUACAUUGAGUGUAAAAGAUAAUGUGACAUGUUGCGUGAUAGGCUGGGUGUUUAGACCGAGAGGAACUCGACCAGUAAAAACCACUGGCGUUCACGUCUUGGUUGGAGUUUUAUGGGUUUUUAAUUAGUACCACUCCAUGGAACGAGUCAUUCCCUGUGUUGUAUAUAGUCAGUAUAUACAAUAACACAGAGUAUGACUCAUUCCAUCAAGUGGUUCUAACUAAACACCAAUAAACUCCAGUCAGGACCCAAAUACCAGUGGUAAGAAUAACAUUUGCUUGUGUUCAAUUGUUUCUUUUGAUCUCUGAAAAUUACCCAUCCAAUAAGUAAUGGGGAUUGUUAUAUUAAAAAAUGUUGUGUGUCUGUAUAUUACAGAUGCAUCUGACAAUAUAUUGGCUACUUGUGUGUGGUUAAAACUAAAGGUCUCUUUGUAGAUGUCUCCGUGUUAGUUAAUGUCUCAGAUGGGAUCAGACUAAAACAAAACCAUAACCAAAACAGAACCCAUAAAUAUGAAAAUCUGUUCUCAGGCUUUUGUUAUGAAUAGAUCUAACAGCUGUAGUCUACUGUUAUAUGCUAACAUUUUCUCUACAUGUUUUGAUACGUUUUUACUUGCUCUGUUUUAAAAAUAACACAUAUUGUUAUAUUAGUCUUUGAAUUAUGAGCUUAUUUAUCAUAGUGAAAGGUGAUAUAUUAAUAAUUUCAUAAUAACUUUCAAUUUAUAUUUCUAACUAGUAUAUAAGACAACAAUUACGAAUUUUAUAUUUUUAGAUUGUUAAUAUUUGGAGUUGUUUACUUAUGUUUAAUAGCUAUUGCAUCGACUGCAUAUGCUUUUUACCAGCAACUUUUUCUCUGUUUUGAUAUUACAUAUAUAUCUAUAGGUAUAUAUAUUGGGGUUAGUGUGUUGCGAUAUGUGCGUAUGUAUAUUUAUUGUUAGUAUGCAGUUGUACUGAGGCCACCAGGGCCCAUGCUUCUACAACUCUAUAGUCUAGACUCAAAUCUAUAAUUAGGUCACAUGCACAGGAUUUCAGGGAAAAUAUUUCUUUCUGAUAGCAUGUUGGUAGGCUAGCAUAUUGGCAAAGGAAAAAAUAAUGGUAGUGAAAGUCUGUAACACAUAAAAUCAUGUCACAUAAUGCACCACAACCAUGGUUACUGAAAAACGGUUUUUCCAUGUGUUCUGGUGAUCAUAGGACACAAAACUGAAAAGUGUUUCCCUUAAAAUUUUAAAUCUUGUGGCUUGAGACACUUAAUUAUUAGUGUUGAGUCUACAAGCAAGGGGCCUGGUAGCCAUAGGUGUCUUGUAACGGGAGUGUGUAACUACACAUGUACCAUAGAUUAUUACAAUCUACCAAUGAAAACUAUGAAUAUAAUCACAUGAUAGUCUAUAUUUGCAUUAUAACAAUGUGAUUUGAGAUUAUUGACAUUUUUGCAUUGGUGGCAGUACUUACUUUGUAUUUAUUUUUAUUUUAUAAAAGUUUUUUACGAGAUGUGAGGGUUUGUAAUUACAUGUAUAUGUAUUUCUUAGGAUAUAAAUACAGGUUUUACUUGACAAAAUAUCAUUUUAUUAUUUUGAGCAUUGAAAAAAGGAUGAACCUUUUGUUCAUAUUUUUAUAACUUUUCUAGAAAUUUUGAAACCAUUUUGAUUGCCAUGACAGACAUAUAAUAUGUAAAGUGUAAAGUUUGUAAAAUAGUUAUGCUUAUACUGCUAUCGUAAACAUAUUUUUAUAUCUCUGGUGUUGAAAAUCACCAGACUUUAUUGAACUAAUUGUAUCUAAUUUAUUAUUUGUUGUCAUUAAUAUCUUGAAUAUUACAUAUAUAUCUAGUCAACCAGAUUGAAUGCAAUACCUUUAUAGGAUGAGUAAUCAUUAUUGGCACAAUGGGAAAUAAAGCUAGCAUUUAUAAAUAGACAAGAUAGACUGAGUCAGUGACAUGGACAACAAUGUGAUUUGUUUUAAAACAACAGGCAGUAAAAAAUAUCACUGGCCAUUUGUGUCUUUUAUAAACCACAAUAUUUUUUGUGUAAAUGUGAAAUUAAUGAAACUGCCAGAGUGUGGAUGAACAAGUCUAUCUUUCAGAUAAAGACAGGGAACAUUUUGUUUUCGAAGUCUUUGAUUAGCAAUAUUUCUAGUCAAUUAAAAAUUGAUUAGCAACUACUGUUUGUUUUAAAACUGAGUAGCAAUCUCAGAAACUUGUGUAGCAAAUUGCAACGCGAUACUGAACACAAUGUUCCCUGGAAGGCAGCAAACCAGGGUUACAAGACAUAAUCACUGUUGGUGCUGAUUAGUGAUGCUAAAUGGGAUAUAAACAGGGACCAUGGAGUGUAUUUGAAGGGGGGGGGGGGGGGGGGCACUGUUAGUAUGCUGGCCCAGGAAAUGGAAAUAUGAGAUUUGAGGGUCAUGCUCUAUAGAGAAUUUUUUUUAUUUGAGGUGUUCAAAUACAUUUUCAACCUUCUGAGUACAAUUACAUGACAAAUUGGGGGUAAGGGUGGGGGAGCAUAUCGUGUAUGCCCUGGCCUGUUCUGUGGCUUCUGAUAAAAAUGUUAUCAAGUUACAGGGUUAUUAAUAUACUAAGUGUGCCAUUACUAAAUUACUAAAUACAUUUUGUUGUAAUAUUGUUUUAUGAAUGGUCAAGCUGGAAUGUUUUUUUAAUACAUUUCAACUGAUCCUUGAACAUAAUCCCUGACGGGCAGAUUUUUCCAUAUUAAUAUUGUACCCUAUUAUAUGUCAUAUGAUUUUAGAAAUAUUACUUUGUUGUGUAUUGUAUUCAAUGUUUUAGAUCAUCAGCUUAUUAUAUUUUAUAAUUUUGAUGUUAAAUUUUGUGUUCAUGGUGGUAAAAUUAAUAUCCAAUUUUGUAAGCCUUAGAUAAACAUAUUUUUUCAUUUUUAUUAUUAUUAUUUGUUUUUAGGUGAUGGUAGUAGAAAAUGCAUAAACAUAUUUAUUUUUUACCUUGUAUAAAUAAAACUGCUUUGUGUUACAAAACAAACCACCAUAAGAAAUUACCUUGCAAUAUUGUCUCCAAUCCGGAAUGGUCAAACAUACCAUUUCACUCGAACCAAAAACAAAGUCCCACAUUUUUGUUUGAGUAAAAAUCUUCUAUUCUACAUUGAAGAGUCAAACAACACUUGUAUUUGGAGUAUAAUAUCUGUAGACAUUGGUGUAGACAUUGGUAUCAAAAAGAUGUAAGCAUAAAUAGUCGAUUGACUGUAACUGACUUAGCAUUAUAUAAGUACCAUAGAAUUUUGUGAUACACAAUAAAGAAUAUAUUUACAUCCCAUACCCACACCCAUGUACUUUCUCUAAGAAUGAGUCACAAUCAUAGCUAUUCAAAGCAAACACUUGCUCCAUUGUCACUUAAAAUGCUUUGCAAAAUGUAAUGCAAAUAUCCAAAUAAACUAAUACCAUGCAUGCACCAUCUGCUUGAUUUAAUCAGUUAUGAGCUCACAGGAGGAAUCAAAAUUUCCUCAAAACAUAAUUCAUUUGAUAGAUAUGAAAUAAAAUAAUUUUAUAUACAUGAAUGUCUUAGAAUAAAUCAAAAUGAGAAAACUGUUAUUGAAUUUAAAAUUAGAUGUAUACACGGCAGAUUCCAGUUAAUCUUUGAUCUUUUUGUUCAGUGUUCUAAAAGUAAACAGGUGAUCAGUCUGUAUUUACAUCCUUGAGAGUCUGUCUUGUGCAAAGAUAUGAAAUUAAGUGUAUUAUUGGUUAUGAAAAUUGGAUUUAGAGAAUAUUAAGUGUGCAAUUUUCUGACUCGAAGUAGAUCUGAAAGAAAACCGUAAUACGUGAUCAGGGUCAUAUAUCUGCGCAAUACAGAGUCGAAUGGGCAUUUGGCAAACUAGUGGUUGAUUUAAGAAUCUCUACCUAGUGCAUCGUCUAUAGGAGGACAGUCACUCCUGAGGAGAUUCUUUACUGGAGAUUUCAUCCCUCUUGCACCACCACAGAGGACUGCCACCAUAAGACUAGGUUUACUAAAUCAAAACUAGCACCAGACAGAGCUCAUUAGAAUAAAUACAGCUGAUAGAAUAGAAUUCAAGCGAGAUUUAAAACUGGUUAGAAUGAAUGCUCAGAAUGUAAUCAGACUCACUGCGUUUGAAAUGCACGUCUAUAGACUUUUAGCAUUUGUUUGAACUGGAUUCUAUACUCGUGUUAAAAUCAGUGUCCUUGUGUUCUUCGUAAGUGCGAGUAUUGAGUGAUAGAUAUAUUGGGAUGAAACUUAAGUGUGUAGAUUUUGAGAGUCAAAAGGUUACGUGUUUUAAUUAUUAUUAUUAUUAUUAUACUUAAAACUUUAUUGUCCAUUCAUACAGGGACAUGUACGAUGUGUCUUAUACCAAGUUCAAGGUCACACAUGUUUUUCAUGUAUUAUUCUUUUACUUGUUUUGCCUUUCAGUAUACCUUAUAUCAACGAUAAGACGUAUGCAAGCUAUACACAAUAGAUCACAGUUUAACUCACACAAAAAAAGAGCACAAUUAAAAAAAGUAUAUAUUAUCUAGUUUACAACAGAAAUUGUUUAUAUAAAUUAUAUUUGUAUAUAAUUCUAAGCAUUAUUAUACAUUAUAUUAGAUGAUUAAAGUUAUAUAAAAAUAAAAACAUUUAAAAUGUUCAGUGUUUGUCUUUAUUUUGUAGAUUGGUGAAAUGUUUACGUCUCUAAGUGUGGUCCCGAUUAU